AUGGUGGUGAAACGGAGGAAAUCAGGAGCUGUCCGUGAAUGGACUAUUGAAAAUGAAAUACUUUUAUUUAAUCUUAUAUGUGAACAUAAGCCAGCAGGCUCGAAGAAAGAUAAACAUAUGGAGGAAAUUGUUCAACAGAUGAACAAAGAUAAUUCAGAUCCAUUUACUGCACAAGAUAUAUGGCAGAAAUUGACAAAGUUCUACGAUAUUGAUCGGUUGAGCCAGCUUGAGGAUGAUGAGGAAGGUGACAGUGAAAGUGAUGGGAAGUCGAAGGCAGGUUCCGAUACUGACAAAGUGGGUAAUAAAGAUGAAGGUGAUAAUGAGGAUAGUCCUAGUGAUGAAACGCCUUCCCCUGAGGGGAAGACCAGAAACCUGAAAAAUACAAAGAGUAAUGAAGAAGAACAGGAAGAUGAUGAAGAUGAUGAUGAGGAAGAGGAUGAAGAUGAGGAUGAAGAUGGAGAUGAUGAAGAGGAUGAUGAAGAUGAAGACAAUAAGGAACAACGUGACGAUGAAGAUGAUAGUGAAGGAGAAAACGAAGAGGAAGAAGAGAGUACUCUGAGAACUAGACGCGGAUCUCGGAAACAAACUAAACCUAUUCCAAAGAAGAGAACAAGAUCCAAGGCAAAAUUAGAUGAAAUAGAACCACCAUCUAAAAGGAAACUGAAAACAGCUACUCCUCCUCCGCCUCCUUCUGUCAAUACAAGACGUAGAACUAGAUCGGAUGUUGCCCAUCAACAAGAAGAAUCCCAAGACGAUGCACAGACGACUGAUUCCACAGCAACUCCUCCAGAAGGGACAACCGCCACAUCUGGCACUACCACUACAAGGGCUGGCACCCGUAGAUCUACAAGAUCUGCAGCACCUACUCCGGUAAAGAAUUCUUCGCCAGCAACUACUCUGGUCAGAAGAAGCUCGCGUAAAAAGUAG